UUGAAUUUUUAUUUUCUGGGUUUUUUUUUGUCGUGAGACCCAGAAGAAGAAGAAGAACAGAGAGAGGAAGAAGAAGGAAGCGGUGAGAAGAGGACACUUUUUCUCUCUCCCGGUUGUGAAAAAAACUCUCUUUUUAUUGUUUCUUCAUCAGUGUUAAAUUGGGAUCCGGGUCGGGUGGGUUUUCGGUUUUGGUGGUCGGAUCAGAGAGCACAGAGUUGGAUGUUAGCGGCGGAACUGAAGGUUUCCGUUUGCGGCUGCGGCGGCUGUGACGGUGUUUCUGGGUCGUGUUUUUCAAUCAAUCAGGAGUUUCAUCAAAGUUUGAUCAUAGACUCAGUCAAGUUCUUAGAUCCUCAAUGGCUGGUUUUGAUGAAAAUGUUGCUGUAAUGGGAGAAUGGGUGCCUCGUAGUCCUAGUCCCCGGACGCUUUUCUCCUCGGUGAUUGGAGAAGGGAAUAGCUCGAAACCUGUUCUUGAAAGAGAGUUAUCUUUGAACCAUGGGCAAGUUAUGGUUGUAGAAGAAGACACUACUACUGGUAAUUAUAACAAUGAUUCUUCACUAACCAAUGUUUCUCGAGGUGGUCUCUGCGAAAGAAUUGCUGCUAGAGCUGGUUUUAAUGCUCCGAGGUUAAACACCGAGAGUAUCCGCUCUAACACAAACUUCUCUAUCGACUCUGGUCGUCGGUCUCCUUGCUUAACCAUCUCUUCUCCUGGCCUUAGCCCUGCAACACUCUUAGAAUCUCCAGUUUUCCUUACUAACCCAAUGGCACAACCGUCUCCAACUACUGGGAAGUUUCCAUUUCUUCCUGGUUUUAGUAGUAAUGCAUUGUCUUCUGAUAAUGCGAAAGAUGAGUUCUUUGACGACAUUGGAGCAUCAUUCACCUUCCAGUCUGUUUCAAGAUCAUCUUCCUCUUUCUUUCAAGGCACAACAGAGAUGAUGUCAGUUGAUUAUGGUAACUACAUCAACAGAUCUUCUCAUCAGCCCGCAGAAGAAGAUGUAAAACCGGGUUCUCUAAACAUAGAAAGCUCUAAUCUUUACGGGAUUCAAACUGAUCCAAGUAACCAGAACAAGGCAUCUGAUGCUACAACAAACACUGGUCUUGAUACCGUUGAUCAUCAAGAGGAAGAAGAAGAUCAAAGGCGUGGUGGUGAUUCGAUGGUUGGUGGUGCGCCAGCAGAGGAUGGAUAUAACUGGAGGAAAUACGGACAAAAGCUAGUUAAAGGAAGUGAGUAUCCGCGAAGCUAUUACAAGUGCACAAACCCCAACUGUCAGGUGAAGAAGAAAGUUGAGAGAUCAAGGGAAGGUCACAUUACAGAGAUUAUAUACAAAGGAGCUCAUAAUCACUCUAAACCUCUACCUAAUCGCCGCUCAGGGAUGCAAACAGAUGGAACUGAACAAGUUGAACAACAACAGCAUCAGCAGCAACAACAACAACAACAGAGAGACUCCACUCCAACGUGGGUUAGUUGUAAUAAUACUCAACAACAAGGUGGAAGCAACGUGAAGAAUGUGGAAGAGGGAACAACAGGAUUCGAAUACGGAAACCAAUCUGGAUCGAUUCAAGCACAAACUGGAGGUCAGUACGAGUCAGGUGAUGCUGUGGUUGUGGUUGAUACUUCAUCAACAUUCUCUAACGAUGAGGAUGAAGAUGAUAGAGGGACACAUGGAAGUGUCUCUUUGGGUUGUGAUGGAGGAGGAGGUAGAGGUGGGGAAGGAGAAGGAGAAGAAUCUGAGUCGAAAAGAAGGAAACUAGAAGCUUAUGCAGCAGAGAUGAGUGGAGCGACAAGAGCCAUACGUGAGCCAAGAGUUGUUGUGCAAACAACGAGUGACGUUGACAUUCUUGAUGAUGGUUACCGCUGGCGAAAAUAUGGUCAGAAAGUUGUCAAAGGCAAUCCAAAUCCUAGGAGUUAUUACAAAUGCACAGCUCCAGGAUGUACAGUGAGGAAACAUGUAGAGAGAGCUUCUCAUGAUCUCAAAUCCGUUAUAACUACUUACGAAGGCAAACACAACCACGACGUCCCAGCCGCACGCAACAGCAGCCACGGAGGCGGUGGCACCAGUAACGGUAGCAGCGGCAAUUCAGCUGCUCAGUCUCACCAUUACCACAACGGACAUCAUCACUCAGAGCAGCCACGUGGUAGAUUCGAGAGACAAGUCACGGCGACUAAUCAAUCUCCUUACGGCCGGGGUCCGUUUAGCUUUCAGCCACACUUGGGUCCUCCUUCAGGUUACGCGUUCGGUUUAGGACAAACCGGUUUGGCUAAUCUUUCAAUUCCUGGUUUAGCUUUUGGUCAAGGGAAAAUGCCCGGUUUGCCUCACCCGUAUAUGACACAACCAUCGGUUGGGAAUAUGAGUGAAGCGAUGAUGCAGAGAGGGGGGAUGGAACCAAAGGCUGAACCGGUUUCGGAUUCAGGACAAUCGGUAUAUAACCAGAUCAUGAGUAGAUUACCGCAGAUUUGAAGUUUUACUCUUCUUCAUUUGCUCUGUCCUUAUUAUAUAACUUUUAUAUUUCCUGUCUUUUUUUUCUUCUUCUUCUUUAAUUUUUAUUGGUUUUAAACUUUGGGGAAGGUAAAGUAAAGGCUGUUCUUAAAUUUUCAAUCCUUUGUUUUGUCCUC